UGAAAAAUCAAGUCACGGUGACAAAGUAUGGUAGUACGUAGGAAAUAUGAAAUAUCUUCCUAAAUGUUUGGGAACUUGCAUGCUCAAGGAAACUGGACAAUUUACAUUUCCGCUGUUAAGAAAGAGAGUUCAAUUUGCGCGAAUUCAGGGAGUGUGGAGAAUCGAAAAACAAAGAGUUUGAGUCACAUACUCAGGGCGUGUAUGGCACAACCCUGAACAUGUGCCAAGGAACAAAAUCACAGGCAGUGGAGCAGCCAACUACCCUUCAAGGUUUCCUUUUGACUGUCAGCUAUGUCCUGCUUCCCUACCAGAAAAAGCUUUCCCUUCUCUUCUCUUGCACCAAGUAUCUGCAGAUACCAGCCAUGGAUCACCAAACUAAGUUUGCCGUGCAGAAGAUUGUUGUGUCGCUCCAGUCGGCGGAUGAGAUCUUGGAGAAUAUCCUGGACAGAGCUUCUGAAGAGAAAGCAGAAAUGAUUUCUUGCCGAUCGAAUCUUGAUCCCAAGGAUGGGCUGGAAUUCCUGGAAUUGGAGGCUCAUAACAUUCAUGAUCUGGCCAAGGAGGUGGAGAUCAGGCUCUCGGAGCACAGGGAGAAGGAAAGGAAGGAGAGAUGCAGGAUGGAGAGUAUGAUAUCAAGCUUAAAGAAGGGGAACCAGGAUAUUAGGAGCAUGUUGGAGGUUGCUGUGACCGAGAAGGAGGCGGCGGAGAAUAGCCUUCGUGUGUUGAAGGACGACGUCGAUCAGAGAAGAAGUUCAAUAUUGCAGAUUGCUGAGAAGGGGUUGCAGAAGGUUGGCUUUGGCUUCAUCAUGGAGGUGAUAAGUGGAGAAACAGAAGGAGAUGAGAUGAGUAGCUCCAGUGCCAGUGCAGCAUCUAAUGGAAGCGAAAGUAAACAGGAGGUUGACAGUCUGGUAAGUAUUUCUACAUCACUCCUUGGUAGCUGCAACGGUUCUGUUGUUUAGAUAAUAGCCCCAAGCACCAACUACAAAAUACAGUACAUAGUUGUUAUUUGUGAAGUGAUUGUCAUUUAAUCCCUAUUCUAUGAUCAUGCACGCAAUGCAGCUAGAAACUAUUGAUCUUGUUAUGUUUAGAAGUUGUCCACUGAAAUCAUCAUGCACUGGAAAACUUGUCAGCUAAUAAACUACUUCAAGUUGUUUCCUUUCAGGCUUCAAUAGUUGGUAAGACACUGAAAAACCUGCAUCAUGAGAUCAAUGACCUCAGACAGGCCUUAGACGAGUCCAGGUCAGACUGCGAUCAUUUGCAACUCCUUGCUGCUCAACAGGCUCAGAAGAUAGUCAAACACGAGUCGCACAUACAGGAUCUGAGAGAACGGGAAAUUCUCCUACUUCAAAGUGUAUAACAAUAUCUAUUAUUUAUUUAUGUAGAUUCUUUAUUUUCUAGCCCUGUAAUUGAAUCUGAAGUCUCUUUUUCAUGCCUAAGGUGGAAGAACUCAAUGUCAGGGUAAAGGAAGUAGAAUAGGAAGCUGCACGAUGGAAAGAGGCAUGUGCGUUGGAGGUGGAAGCUGGAAAAGCUGCCAUUAAAGAACUAAACCAGGAGGUAACCCAAGAGGAAUAAGUUUGACCAAAGAUUCAUUAAAA